CAUUUUCUCUACUACAUGGAAUAUGCAAUUGUUUUUUGCAGGCGUCUCCACCUCAACAAGAAAGCAACAGAUAAACAGCCGUAUAGCAAGCUUCCUGGUGUCUCCCUUCUAAAGCCAUUAAAAGGUGUGGAUCCAAACCUGAUCAACAACUUAGAAACCUUCUUUGAGCUGGAUUACCCAAAAUAUGAAGUGCUGCUUUGUGUACAAGAUCAUGAUGAUCCAGCUAUUGAUGUGUGUAAGAAGCUUCUUGGCAAAUACCCAAAUGUCGAUGCCAGAUUGUUCAUAGGUGGCAAAAAGGUUGGCAUCAACCCAAAGAUCAACAAUUUAAUGCCAGGGUAUGAAGUUGCCAAGUAUGAUCUCAUCUGGAUUUGUGAUAGUGGAAUCAGAGUAACACCAGAUACGUUAACUGAUAUGGCCAAUCAAAUGACUGAAAAAGUAGGCCUGGUCCAUGGGCUGCCUUAUGUGGCUGACAGACAAGGGUUUGCUGCCACUCUAGAACAGGUUUAUUUUGGAACUUCACAUCCAAGGUCAUAUAUUUCUGCCAACGUAACUGGCUUCAAAUGUGUAACAGGAAUGUCGUGUUUGAUGAGAAAGGAUGUCUUAGACCAAGCCGGAGGACUUAUAGCUUUUGCGCAGUACAUUGCUGAAGAUUAUUUUAUGGCCAAAGCAAUAGCUGACCGAGGUUGGAAAUUUGCAAUGGCCACACAAGUUGCAAUGCAAAACUCCGGUUCAUAUUCCAUUUCUCAGUUUCAGUCCAGGAUGAUCAGAUGGGCCAAGCUACGAAUUAACAUGCUGCCUGCUACAAUUAUUUGUGAGCCAAUCUCUGAAUGCUUUGUUGCCAGUUUAAUUAUUGGAUGGGCAGCUCAUCACAUCUUCAAAUGGGAUAUAAUGGUAUUUUUCAUGUGUCACUGUUUGGCAUGGUUUAUAUUUGACUACAUUCAACUAAGAGGUGUCCAGGGUGGUGCACUGUGUUUUUCGAAACUUGAUUAUGCAGUAGCUUGGUUCAUCAGAGAAUCCAUGACUAUAUACAUUUUCCUAUCUGCGUUGUGGGACCCAACUAUUAGCUGGAGGACAGGACGCUACAGGUUACGCUGUGGAGGCACUGCAGAGGAAAUCCUUGAUGUAUAGCCACAGUUUUGACUGUAUUUUGAAAAGGCAGAAAAAAAGGAGAAGUAUUAUAAAUUAUGUUUAUAUAAAGGCUUUUAAAAAAUUUACCUUCAAUAGUUUUAUUACUUGUAUGUUUUGGUAUCUGUUCUUUAAUUUAUUGUUGCAUGGCACUUGCAUCUGUGAAAAAUCCAUCUGUAGUCUUGGCCAAAUGGUACCUUGUUUUUUGUACCUUGUACAAAAGGAAAUUGAGAGAAUUGGUCCCAGGAUCCAUUUUCUUUCUGAAUGCUCUGCAGUAAACUCUAAAGACAGUAUCCUUAUGUAUAGGAAAAGCUUCUUGCUGUAUGGUAUGCUAGCCUAGUAGAAGGGAUAAAACAGUCUAUGUCCAUUUGGAUUGUACCAGCCUGGAAGGCAGUAACAGCACUGCAGAAGUACAACUGACUUCUGCAAUGUCUGAAGGACUGAGCUAGUAGUGGGACACAAAGAAAGAAGCUCUUAGAUGCUUUCUGCCUACCUCUUAUAGUUGCUGCAGAGUGAAUAUAAACUAAUAGGUAACUAGGCCUUGCAAAAACAAAGCUGGAGUCUUGUAUUUAUAUGUAAAUAUUUAAACUAUUUUUGUGUCUCUGCAAUGAACCAAAAGUGGACUGAGUUUGAUGGGGCAGGUUGGAGGGAAUUAUUGGUUAGCCAUGUGUGAGGGCAUCUUUUGGCCAACUCUAACUGGUUCUGUUUUGAACCAUUGUUAAUCACUGUGCUGUAAUUAGCCUAGCUAGACCCCUUCACCAUUCCCAUCCUUUUUAGGGGUGUUUUUGUUUCUCUGUGAGUGUUUUGAUAGGUGUAGGGGGGCGGGGGGAGGAUUGCAUUUCAGAAACAUUUCACACACGAGCUAUUUUCUUACACAAUGUCUUAUUGUUAAUAACAGAAUGUAAUUUCAUGAUGCAGGUAUUUAAUAUCUUUUUUUAAGUAAACAUAUAUACCUAUACUAGUCAUGAAUAAAUAUUAAAUUGCAGUAGAUAUUGAGUGUAUAAAAAGGCAGGGUGAGUUUGCUGUUACUGAUUUAAAUUCUAAUCUUAAUUUAACUAUCAAACUAAGUCUACUCCUGGCUUUUUGCCUUCUACUGUUAGUCUAGUCUUUAAAUUGGAUUUUUGUAUUCCAGUGAUAUGACUAAAAGGACUAGAUUAUAACCAGGUUGUAAAUGCAUGCUGUAUUCUUUCCGUCUCAGCUCCUGUCAGCUUGCUUUCCAACCCCACUGUGAGAUUGUUCUUAACUUUGUGGUGAACUGGACUUGUUUUUUUUCUUUUUGUUUAAACUAAACAAUUUUUAAAGGUUUAAAAUGGACACAGAGCAAAUUUGGAGGGGAACAUUGCAUAAGCCUUUUGUUUUCCUAAUUGUAUUUGUGCUGCUUUUUUCCUGAGAAUGAGUUGGCAUGUUGUCACCAUGAACGCCUGCUGCUAAUUGUAGGGCUGGCCUUGCCAGUAUGGCAGCUUUUAAUGCCUAAGUUUGACAACAUUUUUAUGUUAGAAAGCGUAAUGUGUAGCAUAUUAGCAAUAAUAUGUACUUAUAGAAAAUGGAUUAUUUUUCACCUUACUGAGCCAAUUCAUUAACUGUAUAUGACACGCACACAAACAUAAUGUGUGAAUAUGUACAUGAUAUAAGAUAUAUAACAUAAGCAUCACUUGGUUGCAUAUUCUUUUUGCCUUAUGACAUCACUAAACUUGUUUUUGAAGGGCAUUUUUCUACCUGAACAAAGGCUUUUUUAUGCAUGUUCCAUUCUUUACAUGUGAAUCAGGAAGAAAGUCUUCCUGAGGAAAGUUGCAUACUGAAAACCAGUCUAGUUGUGACCCACUAAAAGGUUUUUUAACAACACUACUAAACAGCUGAAUUUUGCUGAUUACAAGCGUUUGUGUGUUUUAUUUGUUUCAUGAAGUUUGGUUGAUGCCAUUCAUUGCGCUGCUAAAGUGAAGCCUAGCUAUUACUCUAGCUUUAUGCUGAUUUCCAUAUGGGCAGUGUAAUAGAAAAACCAAAAAGGCUGAACAGACUUCAUUUUUAAAAAUGUUUUGCUGGUCUAAAAGAUAAUUGUUGAUGGUUGUUUUUUGCAUUAGUGGAGUUUUUCCUUGAAGAAAAUUGGAAGCUUCACUUAAGCAAACAGCUUGAUUUCUUGUAUUGUUUAAAAAGUUGGGUUGAUUAUGAAAUGGAAACCAAUACUUUUUGAAUAUUGUAGAGGGCACUGCAACAGAACUGCGUAAAUUCAAGUACAGUUAAUUUAAAGUUGUUUGAUCAACAGAUGUUGAAUAUACCAUGUUUAUUUAAAAUCAUUGUCCUGUUUUUGUUUAAAAAAUAAAUUUUUGAAUACAA